AUGCAGAUGAAGCAGGUUCUCGCUCUCGCCCUGUCUGUCGCAGCAGCUGAGGCUACCUACAAGGGUUUCAACUACGGCUCCACCAAUGAGGAUGGCAGCACCCGCUACAAGGCCGACUUCGUCAGCCAGUUCCAGAACGCUAAGAACCUCAAGACCACCUCAGGAUUCAACAGCGCUCGUUUGUACACUAUGAUUCAGGGCGGUACCACCAACACCCCCAUCGAGGCUAUUGAGGCCGCUAUUGAGGAGGAUGUCUCCCUUCUCCUGGGUCUUUGGACCUCCGGUGGUGGCACUGCUAACGAAGUCGCUGCCCUGAAGUCCGCCAUCAGCACCUACGGCUCCUCAUUCACCGACCUUGUUGUCGGUAUCUCCGUGGGUAGUGAGGAUCUUUACCGUGACUCUCAGACCGGUCAGGCUGCCGACGACGGUGUCGGUAUGACCCCUGAUGAGGUUGUCGAUGCCAUCAACCAGGUUAAGGAGGCCAUCUCCGGUACCACCCUGAGCGGCGCCUCCAUCGGUCACGUCGACACCUGGGACGCCUGGACCAACUCCUCCAACUCUGCCGUCAUCGACGCUGUUGACUGGCUCGGUUUCGACGGUUACCCUUACUUCCAGACCACCGACGAGAACUCCAUCGAGAACGCCAAGUCCCUCUUCUACCAGGGUGUCGAUGCUACCAAGGGUGUCGCCAACGGUAAGGAUGUUUGGAUCACCGAGACUGGCUGGCCCGUCAGCGGUGACGAUGAGGGUGAGGCUGUUGCCUCCAUCGCCAACGCCAAGAAGUUCUGGGAUGAGGUUGGUUGCUCCAUCUUCGGUACCGUCAACACCUGGUGGUACAUCAUGCAGGAUUACGGUGCCAGCCCUAGCUUCGGUAUCGUCGGCGAGACUCUGAGCACCACUCCUCUGUUCGACCUCUCUUGCUCCAACUACACCUCCUCCAGCACUGCCUCCGUCUCCACCGCCACCAAGUCCGCCGGUUCCAGCUCCAGCAUCGCUACUGUUACUGGUUCCCCCGUCGGCCGUCACGGUAACAACGGUACUGCUGCCUCUGGCUUCAAGUCUGUCCCUGCUGCUAGCUCAACCCCUCUGAUCAUUGCCACAGCCACUGCCAGCUCUGGAUCUAGCUCCAGCACUGGUUCUUCCGGCUCUAGCUCUGGUUCCUCCAGCUCUGGUUCCAGCUCCGGCUCCAGCUCUGGAUCUUCCUCUAGCAGCUCCGCCUCUUCCUCCAUCACUGCUUACAGCGGUGCCGUCGGCCGUCCUUCCGGCUCCAUCUUCGGUGCUGUCGUCGCUGCCAUCGCCCUUGCCAUCGCUGUUUAA